ACAUAAGAGAGGGAGGAAGUCAGUCUCCCCCUCCCAUCACUGGAGGAGCAUCUGACACUUUACAUCUUCAGCAGCGAGUGAACCAACAUGACAGAAAUGUAAAAGGGAGAUGUUGAGUUCAUUGAGUCUAGCACAGAAGAACCUCUGUGAGGAGGACAGCUCUGGAUCUGAUGCAGAAUCAGAGCUCAGUUUGGAACCAGAGACAGACCGGUUUGGUUUUAUUCUAACCAAUGGAUCCACAGCUGGGAGUGUGGGUCCGUCACCUGAGCUGGUCAGGCAGAGGGAGACCAAGUGGAUCAACAUCAUUCUCCAAUGGGAUCACAUGUUGUUGAAGAAGACCAAUAAGGUCAAAGUGCAGUGUCAAAAAGGCAUCCCUGCGUCACUGAGAGCCAAGUGCUGGCCUCUGCUCUGUGCAGCCUCCGACAGGAUGAAACAAAAUGAAAACCUCUACCAGUCUCUGGACUCCCAGCCAGCUCUGCAGACCUGGGUGGAUGUGAUUGAAAGAGACCUAGGUCGACAGUUCCCCUUCCAUGAAAUGUUCCUCUGCAAGGAUGGACAUGGGCAGCGUGGUCUGUUCCGGGUAUUGAAAACCUACACUCAGUUCCAACCAGAAGAGGGUUACUGCCAGGCACAGGGGCCCGUGGCUGCAGUGCUGCUGAUGAACAUGCCUGCUGAGGAGGCCUUCUGGUGUUUGGUGCAGAUCAGUGAGCAGUACCUGCCUGGUUACUACAGCCCUCUACUGGAGGGAGUCCUGUUUGAUGCUGGCAUGUUGACCUGGGUCCUGAGAAGGACAUGUCCUGCAGCACAUAAACACCUACAGCACCAUGGAGUGGAGCCGCUCAUGUUUGCCACCGACUGGCUGAUGUGUCUUUUCACACGCCACCUGCCAUUCAACACUCUGCUCCGUGUCUGGGACCUGUUUUUUUGCAACGGGGUGCGGGUGCUGCUCCAGGUGGCAGUGGUGCUUGUGCGACGGGUGUUGGGUCGUGCCGAGCAGAGAAAGCAGUGCCAGGGCCAGAUGGAGACUCUGGAGAGGCUGAGGGGAGUCAGGGAGCAGGUCCAAGAGGAAGAUGACACCUUUAUAGCAGAGGUGUGCUCAGUGCCACUAUCAGCACGAGAUCUGGAGAAACAGACAGAGAAGGAGCUAGAAAAGUGGAGAAGAGACAAACCCUCAUCCACAUUUGACCCCAGAGGUCGCUGCCACGGAUACCUCAUGGCGUGGGCACGGUCUCAGCAGAACAAUGAAGACCUAGACAAGAAAGAAAGAAAAAAAGGGAACCUGUCCGUCCCCCUCUCUCGCUCUGCUUCCACACUGUCGCUGUCCCCGUCAUUCUUUCGCAAGAGGUUGAGGAAGGGCGGAAAAGUCAAUACAGGUGAAGGUGGUGCUAAAGUUGUCAGGCAUCUUUCAAUGGGAGCAAAGGAGGACUGGAGAAGCUGGAAUGAGUUACAUUUUAAGAAGGUGCAGGGCGUUCAAGAGGAGGACGAUGCAGAUGAACCUAAAAAGGUGGACCAAAUCCAAAACAUUCAGACUGACCAAAAAGACACAGAAAAAGUAAAAGAACUGAACGACCAAGCUGAAACAGGAAUAACUGAAAUGGAGGGGAAUCAAUCGAAAAAGGCAGAAGAGGACAAAAUGCCUUCAAGCCAAAAAAAAGAAACAAAUAUAGAAACUGAACCAAAUCAAGGUCCAACCAAAGACCAGAGUGUCGAAAAUAUUCUUCAGCCAAAUGAAUGUACCUCUCACCAUGAACAGGAAAAGAUGCUGGGCUACCAGAGCCAGUCACCAGUGUUAGAGCAACAGACACUCAAAGAUGUGGAAAAGGAAAGUGACAGACCAGUGUUAGAAAGUGAACAUUCAGCUGCUGUGGAGGAAAAUUGGAGAGAGACUCAGGCAGAUGUUUUGGCAGACACAUAUACAGACAGAGAAAUGGAAACAGACUCAAGUGAGGAACAGACAAUUCAGGCUGAACUGCAACAAGAGGAUGAGACAGAGAGAAAACCGGAGCUGCAGAAACAGGUGGACACAGUCAGUGAAGUCUUACAAAUAGGAACAGAGACUAUUCCAGGCUCAGACACAGAAGGCACCACAGAGGCAGCAACUUUCUCAGACUCAAAUACAACACUAGAGACAGAGACAAAGGAAACAGAGAAUACAGAGAUGGACAAAUUUGAAGUAUUUAAAGAAAAUCACCACAGCACUGCGUCACUGACAGGAAUAGAACUGAAGGCAGAGACAGAAACUGAAGAAAGGGUGGAGGAACAUGUAGCCACACAAAGUGAAAUAGAGUCUGAACCAGCACAUAUAGAUUCAAAGACAGAAAGUAAAACAGAAACAGUAAUCAUGUCGUUACCCGAGUGCACUCACCAACAAGUGGACACAGAAAGUGAAGCAGACAUGCCAGUUACAGGUGACGCAAUGAAAGAGUUACAGCAAGUAUUUACUCACUGCUCAGCAACAGCGUAUGACAGAGGAGCAACUGAACCCACAGAGGAAAAAGAAACCAUUUCCACUGUGCACUCAGAGUUUGACAAUAAUACAGCUCAAGCAGACGAAACACAAACUGAGACUACUGACUCUGCAGCACCUGCAGUGAAGGAGGAGACUUCAGAGCAGGCUAAAGAAGAGGAUCUCAUCACUGAGCCUGGUGGGAAAACAAGUUCAGUAGAAGAUAGUUACUCUGCAGCACCGGCAGUGAAGGAGGAGACUUCAGAGCAGGUUAAAGAAGAGGAUCUCAUCACUGAGCCUGGUGGGAAAACAAGUUCAGUAGAAAAUAGUUACUCUGUAGCACCAGCAGUGAAGGAGGAGACUUCGGAGGAGACUUCAGAGCAGGUUAAAGAAGAGGAUCUCAUCACUGAGCCUGGUGGGAAAACAAGUUCAGUAGAAAAUAGUUACUCUGUAGCACCAGCAGUGAAGGAGGAGACUUCGGAGGAGACUUCAGAGCAGGUUAAAGAAGAGGAUCUCAUCACUGAGCCUGGUGGGAAAACAAGUUCAGUAGAAGAUAGUUACUCUGUAGCACCGGCAGUGAAGGAGGAGACUUCAGAGCAGGCUAAAGAAGAGGAUCUCAUCACUGAACCUGGUGGGAAAACAAGUUCAGUAGAAAAUAGUUUCCCAGAGGAAUCUGUACAUAAAGAACCAGCAAGUCAGCUCACAACUAAUUCUUCAGAGGUGGAAAAGCUAAGGGAAAAUGUUCAAGAGGACCUUGCAAGAGAGGAUAACUUCUCCUCAUUUCCAAAAGUGACAGAUAAUGUUCACACUGAUAGCAACCCACAAAGGCACGAUAAAAAUGAUGUUCCAGCUGAGCAGGAUAACAGUGAACUGACUCAAAACUGCAGGUGUUGUAGCGGCCAGUCUUCAGAGGAUUUCUGUGUCUGCAGGUCCUCCAGCUCACAUGGAUCCAGGUUAGCACUCUCCAAUGACCUCUUCACUGCCCCACAGGAAACUAGCCAACCACAAUCUAUCUCUGAUCAAGCAGAAGUUAAACAAACUGAAUCACAGUCCCAUCCUGGAGCAGUAAACACAACCCAAACUUCUCCAGAAGUGACAGAGUCUUCAAAAGUCACCUUGUUCUUGUCCACAGAAGUGACACAGGGGAAAGUAGCAGAGCAGGAGCCGCCUGCUGUUUCUAAACGUUUUGGUCUCUUCCGUAGACUGAGAGGAGAGAAGCCUAAAAAAGCAAAGGGGAAGGAGGCACACAAGAUGCAAGUCCCCACAAUCUUGAUUCAGGACUUCAGUGACGGAACAGGGAAACUGGUCGAGGAACUAUGUGAGGACAAACUUAGCUCCAGGGAGAGGAGGAGAAAGCGGAGGGAGCGAGAAAGAAAGGAGAAAGAGGAGGAGAGGUUGAGAAAGAAGAAUGACAAGGAGACGAAGGAGCGAGAGAGGAGGAAACCGCAGACAAGGGGGAAAAGUUUUCAAGUGCAAAAGAGAGAUAACAAAGAUCCACAACUGGCAAAGACUGGCUCACAGACUCUUAGAUCUUCUGCAUCGUAUGCUGAAUCCUACUUCUGACAAACAUUUGUAAUAGAGUCUUGAGGAUGAGAGCUGAAGCACCAGGUUAUGGUUAUGGCUUUUUUGGUUAGAAGUGAUCUUUAGCCAGUUUAAUUUGUUUGCAUCAUUCAUUUAUGUGAUAAAAAAGGCUUUGUUUACAUUGUCACAUAUCAACUGAAUAUUACCCUAACCAUACACUCCAGAUCUCAUCCCCUUCUUUUUCAAUCGUUUUACAUGUAAAUAAAUAAUGAUGUUUAUAUACUUUGAAAAAAAAACACAUUCG